AUGGCAUACAUAUACUCCAACUUGUCAGACUUCUGGACGAGCGAUGAAGAUGAGGAAGUAGAUGGGUCAGACGCAGAUAUGGGAGAGGUAGAUGCAGAAGAGGCACCCACUCCUAAUGCAGAAGCGGUUGGUGGAAGGUGGAAACAAGCAAACGAUGGAUCAAUGUACGAAAACAAUGAGUUAUAUAAUUACUCACAUGAAAAUUAUGACGAAGGUACGUUUGAAAAAAGAGAAGAUUUUGACCCAAACAUCACAUGCUACACAGGAAAUGGGCUUACAGAUAUAAUGGACAAUGGGAAUAGAUUCAAUAUAAAUGAAUUGAUGAAUGGAUUGACAAAUCAUUUUGUAGACAAUUUUUCAAUCAAAAAUAUAAUAGAAAAGUACGAUAUUAGUGAUUUUAUGUACAAUGAUAAUUUAUUGAAAUAUUGUGAAGCAGGAAUUUUAAUAAAUGAUGAAUCAGCAUCCACAGAAAAACCUUCCCUGAAUGAGAAUUUUCACUUCAGUUCUCAGACACCCGUUGAAUAUGUGCAUCCCCCAAAUUAUGAUGCAAAGGGUCCAAGUGCCGAUCAUAUUUUCCAGAGGAACAAUAUGGAUUCAUGUGAUGACUUCCAAUUGAAAGCAGAUAUAACAGAACAAAAAAAGUUAUGUAACAAGGAUGCUAUUCUAUCGGGAAAAUCCGAAGAGAAUCAAAGAAUAGAUGAACAUAUGGAUAAAACUAAUAAGGGGAUAUAUGAAUAUCCAGAAAAAUCUUCUGUAAUAGAGAGGAGUACCCCACCAAGUGGAAAUCAGGAGAAUCCAGAUGAAGCUGUAGAAAAAACGAACGUAAAGUAUAUAAGAAAAAAAUGGGUAAUAGAAGAUAACCAUUCAGAUGUUUCAGAAUUCAGCCAAAAGGACCUACUACUAAGUUAUAGCUUCGAAUUAGAUGAUUUUCAAAAAAGGUCUAUAAAGCACCUGAACAAUUUUAAGCAUGUAUUUGUGGCUGCGCACACAUCAGCAGGAAAAACGUUAAUAGCAGAGCAUGCAAUAGCUAUGUCUAUAAAAUUAAAUAAAAAAGCCAUUUAUACAAGUCCUAUAAAAGCAUUAAGCAAUCAGAAAUAUCAUGAAUUUAAAAAUAUCUUUAAAAGUGUGGGAAUAAUAACAGGAGAUAUAAAAAUGAAUGUACAUGCAAAUUGUUUAAUUAUGACAACAGAAAUUUUGAGAAAUUUACUAUAUAUAAAUGAUAACAUAAUUAAUAAUAUCCAUUGUGUAAUAUUUGAUGAGGUACAUUAUGUAAAUGAUAAUGAUAGAGGGUUUAUAUGGGAAGAAUCGAUUAUUAUGUUACCCUCCCAUGUUCAAAUUUUACUUCUAAGUGCUACUGUACCAAAUUAUCUCGAAUUCGCUGAUUGGGUAGGGUUUACAAAAAAAAAAGAAAUUAUAUCUAUCUCGACUAAGAAGAGACCUGUACCCUUGCUCCAUUAUAUUUAUGCGUACGAUACAAUAUUUCAAAUUAUGGAUGAAAAAAAUAAAAUAUACUCCUCAGCGUUUAAGGAGAUAUACAUAAAGGUUAGGGAGAAGGAGCAGUUAAAGGCUACUUCCAAUGCUAAAGGCCAUUUGAGCGGUCAUCCCACGAACAGUAGUAGGAACAGCAAGCAGGGAACAAAUGUGAAAAAAAAUUCUGAGGAUGUAAAGAACAAACAGAAUGGAGAUAGUGAACAAAAUAGAAACCAAUCCAUGGGAUACAACGAAUAUUGUAAACAAAAAAGGAAACAAAAACUUUUCAUUAAUGAAACAAAUAUGAAAACAGAAAUACAGAAAUUACAAGCACUUAUAAAAAAAUUAGAACAAGAUAAUAAACUUCCAGUUGUUCUUUUUUGCUUUUCAAGAAUUAAAUGUGAAACUUACGCUAAGAGUAUGCCUCAUUUAAACUUUCUUGACAACAAGCAAAAGUCAAAAGUACAUUUAUUCAUUAAAGAAUCUAUAGCAAAAUUGUGUACGCAAGAUAGAGAACUUAACCAAAUAAAAACUUUAACAAAAUUGUUAGAAAAAGGAAUAGGAAUACAUCACAGUGGGUUAUUACCAAUUCUGAAAGAAAUUGUAGAAAUUCUUUUUUCAAAAGGAUUAAUUAAAACACUUUUUGCAACUGAAACAUUUGCUAUGGGAAUCAACAUGCCAACAAAAUCAGUUGUUUUUACAUCUAUUUAUAAACAUGACCAAUCAAAAAAGAGAAUAUUAACAUCUUCAGAAUAUACACAAAUGUCAGGUAGAGCAGGAAGAAGAUCAUCUGAUAAGUAUGGUUAUGUAUACAUCUACUGUGCUGAUAAAAUCCCAGACCAAGUACAAUUAACUGAAAUGCUUAUGCAAAAAGCUGUUAGUUUGAAAAGUAAAUUUAAAGUAACAUAUAAUAUGAUUUUAAAGUUGUUUAUAAAUAAACAAAUUAAUAUAGAAAAAAUGUUAUUUAGCUCAUUUUUAGAAAGUUGUAGAGCAGUACAAAUUCCACUGUUUAAAAAAGAUUUGAAAAGAAAAAAAAAACUCUUACAAAAUAUAAAGCAAGUUCAAUGCAUUUACGAAAAUGAUGUAAAUUACGUCUCUCCGAUUGAAAAUUACGUACAUAUUGAUUACAAAUUGAAACACAUCGGUUUGAACUUACAUAAAAAACUGUUCAAUAUGAAAAGCAGUAACUCCUUUGUUAUCGGUAGAGUUAUGCUACUAAACAAUAUUAGUAUUUUCCACAGUUCUAUUUAUGCUAUAUACCUUGGGUGUGAUAAAAGUAGUAAUAAAAAAAACGAAAAGGUAGAUUUUGCUCAGAAUAGUAUAUUUUUUCAUCACACUAAUGAACCAAAUGAAGAAUCUAAUGAAAAAUUUUUUUUUUUGUUCAUCUUGCCUGAUUUCAUGACAUAUGAGGAAUUGUUGGAGCAGUUAGGUACUGAUGCCCAUUUAUUUGAUCAGAAGUUAGAAAACGGAAAGGGAAUUGCACAUAAGAAAAAAAACAACACUAUUGGAGCUAGUAUAAAUGCAGAAAAUACGUUAGAAAAAAUAGAGAUAUUCUCCCAAAAGUGUAGCUCAAAACAGAAAAACAGCUUAUCCCCAGAAAAUGUAAAUAUGCAUGAAUAUUAUAGAAACCCUUUUUUUUCCAAGAAAAGUUCUCAAAAUAUAAUACAAUUUAUCCACCAUGAUUCAUUUGAUACAGAUAUGAGAAAAAAACAUUUCAUCGUUUGUUCUAAUGUAUCCAUUGAACAUAUUUCCAUCAUAACAAAUACAGUUAUCGUUAUACCAAAUGUAAAAACAACAGCUAUUUUGAAUAACCCCAAAAAUAUGCUUUUGUAUACUCUUGAACUUGAUAGGUUAAUUGAAAAAGAAAAUUUUGAACCAUUUGUUUUGACCAAAAUGCUCAAAUCAUUAAAAUGUGAAUUUUAUUCUGUACUUAUUAAUCAGGCAGAUUAUUUAGAAACAUUAAAAAAAUCCAAAUGCUAUAAUUGUAAUUUAAAAGAAAAACAUUACGAACUUGUUUGUAAAAGAAAUAAUUGCAUAAACGAUAUUGAAAAUAUAGAAAGGAAUAUUAAUGCUAAAUCGUUAAAUUUGUAUGAAGAUUUGGAGGGAAGAUUGAAUGUUCUUAGACAUUUUUCCUUUAUUGAUGAUCAUAAUUUAACUGUAAAGGGAAAAAUAGCUAGCUACAUUACAUUAACAGAUGAAAUUACCCUAACACAAGUUAUUUUUGAAAAUGUUCUGAACAAUUUAAACCCUCCAGAAAUUGCAGCUGUUUUGUCCUGUUUUGUUGCACCAGAAAAAAAAAUAGAAGAUUCACCUGAUCUUACUCCAAAUCUGCAAGAUGUCAAAAUGUCCCUAACCAAUAUUCAUAGCCAAAUUGAAGAAUUCUACAAAGUUAUUCAUUUAAAAAUCAGUUCAGAAGAACACUGGAAAUUGUGCAGCUUUAAAAUCAUGUUUAUUGCUUAUAAGUGGGCCCUUGGUACCUCCUUUGCCGAAUUGCUUGAGCAGUCAGAAUUGGAAGAAGGACUAAUAGUCAGAUCAAUACUACGACUGGACGAUCUAUGCAGGAAAGUCAAAAUAGCUUUUCUCUAUCUUGGAAAUGCUGACCUGGCCGAAAGACUUGAAACCACCUCAAACCUCCUCAGGAGGGACAUUAUAUUUACUACAUCACUUUAUUUGCAGUAA